UGGGGUUUAAGCAAAAGGGGCGGUUUUCAGGGUUUUGGCGAUCUCAAGGCGUGGAGGGGGAGAGAAAUAGAAUAUAAGAAAAGGGAGGUUUUCGUUUGAAAGAGCGAAUUUUUGGAACAAUAAGGCGUUCGUGGAGAGGAUUUUGAAUUCCGAAUUCUGAUCGAGAUCUAGAAUUCGUUUCUCUUUGGAAUUUUAAGGAGAUGCCUCAGAUUCUCCAACCGAGGUUGAAGUUUUCCGGACAUUAGUUAAUUAUAGACACCUCCAGGGUUUUACGUUCUCCGUCAUAGGUUCUGUGAAGCAAGGUACUUUUGCUGCUAUAUUCAUUUGAUUCGAGGAGUGGACCCUGCUUGAUUUGGUUUUGAAGACGAAUUAUGAAUGCAGAGGUGCUGUUUACUAGAAAUUGCUGAGUUUCUUGUAGCUGUGAGUCUUUGAGAUAUGGUGUUGCAGAAGAGGUUGGAUUAUGGAUCUAGUGGCUGCCAGGUUGCUGCAAUGCCACAUGUUCCAAGAUCAGCUAGGGGUAAGCGUUCUGUUAGAAAGAAGGUCGAGGACAAUCGGAUGGGUGCAUUUGAUUUGCUUGCCACUGUAGCAGGAAGGUUGCUAUCAGAGAGACACAACUCCUUGACUCCAUGUAACAUAACUGGAACAUCUAAUCCUACUGCUGGAAAGGAGAUUAUUAAACUGGAACAUUUUAAAGAUGAGAAGCCAUUCAAAGCUGAAACUUUUGAUCAAGGAAGCUGUGAUGAGAGUACUUUGGGUUCUGAUAUUGUUAUUCAGAGACAGGGUGGCUAUGCCUCAAAGGAGCAUUCGCAAACUCCAAAUGCAACUCGUUCAUCGCCUGCUUCUGCCAUUGUAAAGUCUGAAAAGAAGGACUCUUUUGCUGGGGAGUCAAUUAUUAGUAGUACAUGGGCCGAACGUGGAUAUUCUCUUGGCACCAAUACCAUCCCCAAAAAAUGUGGCACUCAGAGAUGCAUUCCUGGUUCUAUGGAAUCAUAUGAGUAUGAAGGAGAUGGAAUUAAUACUCCACUCCAAGCUGAAUGGCUAAUUUCUGGAAAAGUCAUAGAGAGGAAUGCUCCAGAUAUGUACAGUUCAGAGGAUCCAAUGGAUUUGGAUACUAAACCUCCUGCUUUGAUUAGUUCCGACAGCAGUGCUGAAGUGCCUUCUUGCAGAGAUCGUGUUCCUUAUAACAGUUCUGUUCCCAAGUGUGGGGAUGGAAUGGAAUUUUCUGUAUAUAGAGAUGAUGACGAACACUCCUCUGGGUGCACUCAUCCUAGCACUGUUACUACUAAUGCUUGUAGGGCACAACAUAUAGGAGACCGUAGGGUAAGGAAGCUUUUGACAUCCAAGUACUGGAAAGGUGAUCCAACUAUGUCAAAGGAUAGGCAGCUUGCCAAUACUGAUGUAGAAAUGAAGCCUAUUUUCCGCAGCAGGAGAAUGCCUUGCAGACGUCUUAGAACUCAAAGGAGUUCAUUCAAGAGGAAGAAGUUGUUUGAGCGCUGCUCAAUAUCAGCAUCUGAUGGAGGGAUAUUUCGUGAUGAUAUAACUAAUCCACCUGCAAAGAGUGGCAUCAAGUUAGAAGCAAGCGAUUCACCUGCAACUUUGCGUGGAGCGAAUGGUGCAUCAUCCUCUACAACUGGUGAAAAAUCAUCAUAUGAAUCGGGAGAUUACCAUGUGAAAUUUAGUAUCAAGUCUUUCAAGGUGCCAGAACUUUUUAUCGAGCUUCCUGAAAAUGCCACUGUUGGGUCUUUGAAGCGGACGGUUCUGGACGCUGUGACUGCUUUUCUUGGAGGUGGACUGCGUGUUGGUGUUCUUCUCCAAGGAAAGAAGGUUAGAGAUGACAGCAAAACCCUGCGCCAGGCUAAUAUUGCUCGUGCUGAAAAGCUGGACAAUUUGGGCUUCACAUUGGAGCCAAAUCCCAGACCAGCGACAGCACCCCUGACCAGCCCUGACGAUCCCCAUCUUCUUCACCCUGAUGAUGCUCCGGAACCUUUAGCAAGGAUCGCACCUGAAAAACCUGCACCAUAUCAAGGGGCAUCUGAUGCCACCCCACAGCCUGUACUAACCUCUGCAGCAAACGGCCCUGAGAGUGAUCGCGAUUCUGUUCACUCACCCGCCGAUGCGCCUUCUCUGGACAGAACCCGAGCUUUAGUUCCAGUGCCGCAAAUGAAUGUCGAGGCCUUGCCUGUGGUUCCGCUUCGCAAGUCGAGGCGCUCUGAGAUGGUCCAACGCCGCAUCAGGAGACCCUUCUCAGUCGCUGAGGUGGAAGCACUUGUCCAGGCCGUCGAAAAGCUCGGGACCGGAAGGUCCGUGCUCAUCACUUCUCUUCCAACUAACCCGAUAGUACACCAUUGCCGGCCGUCCAUUUUCUUACUCCAUAUCUCUUUUUCCAGAUGGCGGGAUGUCAAGCUUCGGGCCUUCGACGACGCAAAGCACCGGACUUACGUUGAUCUUAAGGACAAGUGGAAGACGCUGGUGCACACCGCCAGGAUUUCCCCUCAGCAGAGGAGGGGGGAGCCGGUCCCCCAGGAAUUGUUGGACCGGGUUCUGUCAGCCCACGCGUAUUGGUCUCAGCAGCAAGCCAAGCUCCAGGUCAAACCGCCGGCACAAACUUGCCUGCUAUUCUAAUUUGCAUCCUACUACCCUUCUCAGAAGCUAGGGCGACAUCUGAUCCAUGUGUAAAGACAAACCUCUCACCCACCCACCCAGCCGAAAAAAAGAAAAAAAAAAAGACACAAAAGGUACAAAAAGUUUACAGAUCUGUGUAAUAUUUACUCACCAUUAUUUUUUUAAGCCAGGGUUCCGCUCUUAUGAAUUAUCAAAGGAAGGGACUUUCUUUGGCGGUUGUACAUGAUCGGUGAUCCGGGAAAAAACAAUGGAAUAACCCAGCUGUGGCCCCUAACGGCACUCGCGUCUCUAUGGACGCAUUCCCAUUCUGAUUAAACCAAAAAAAAAAAAAUCUUCACCCACUCAAUUUAGUUCAUUGUUUUUUGGAGGCUGUUAUUUGAAAAAGGUAAAGAUAGCAAGGAUUCAUGAAUUCUUUUCGGAUGUUAUAGGGUCUCAUGGUUGUCAAUCUUUUUAACGAUGUAAUUUUUUAAUAAAUAUUGUACUUUUUGGAACACAUUGUUCAAUGUAGAGAAAUGAUCAA